AUGGCAGUAUCUUGGUUUAUCGUGAUCUUUCUUAUUUUCUAUUCAGUCUUUAGUGAAGAGGUACUGGUAGAAUAUUAUCCUUCUCAAUCUAUCUUAGACACCCAGCAUAAAGUUAAAAAUAAAAGAGAAAUAAAAAGUAAUGCUGCACCUAUAACUGUGGAAAACAGUAAUAAUGUAAGUACGCGAGAAAUAAAUUGGAGAAAAUUUAAUCAAGAAAAAACUGAUGAUGAUGCAAAAAUUAAAAAAAGAGCCCUGGAUCCAGUAUUUCGUGGGCAUCCAAAAACUAGAGAAGAGUUAUGGAAUGAGCAUUUUCUUAACGAAACCACGAAAUUUGAUCAAACACCAUCACUAGUACACCUGCUUCAUAAUAUAACGUUGACUUAUCUCAAAGAUUGUACGCCGGUAAUACUAUAUGACAGCCAAGUGAAAUCUAAGGAAAGUUACUUGGUCCAAAAUCUUUUGAAAGGAUUUCCAAUGAGUUUUGUUCAUGGAUACAUUAACGAUGGUGGUGAAUUGGUUGAGCGUAAACUCUUGCAUGCUUCAACGGAUUGCCAAAAUUACAUACUGUUUUUGACUGAUAUUAAAGCAAGUGCGAAAAUUUUGGGUAAGCAGCCAAAGAACAAAAUAAUAAUAGUCGCGAGGUCCUCUCAGUGGGCUGUACAAGAGUUUUUAGCCAGUGUUGUAUCAAGAAUGUUUGUAAACUUACUUGUUAUUGGGCAGAGCUUCAAAGAAGGAGAUGAUGCAAACUUGGAAUCACCAUACAUUCUGUAUACACACAAAUUGUAUACAGAUGGAUUGGGUGCUAGUCAACCAGUUGUACUAAAUUCCUGGAACCACGGAAAGUUUUCCAGAAAUGUUAACUUAUUUCCUCCUAAGAUGACCGAAGGUUAUGCUGGACAUAGAUUUUUGGUUGCAGCGGCUAACCAGCCUCCAUACGUAUUCAGAAGGAUUAAAGCAGAUCUCGAUGGUGGCAAUCCUCGAGUUGUGUGGGAUGGUGUUGAAAUUCGACUAGUUAAAUUACUAGCCGAAAGAAACAACUUUUCGAUCGAAAUUAUUGAACCACUGGAGCUUCACUUAGGGUCCGGCGAUGCAGUAGCUAAAGAAAUAACGUCAGGUCGCGCAGAUAUAGGUAUAGCUGGCAUGUACUUGACAACUGAUAGAAUAAGGGACCUCGAUGUAUCACAAGCCCACUCCCAAGAUUGUGCUGUCUUUAUAACACUCAUGUCUACAGCUUUGCCUCGCUACCGAGCAAUCCUCGGUCCAUUCCACUGGCAUGUUUGGGUAGCCUUAACAUUCACCUAUCUCUUCGGGAUGUUCCCUCUUGCCUUCUCGGACAAGCAUACUCUAAGACAUCUGCUACAUAACAGUGGGGAAAUCGAAAACAUGUUCUGGUAUGUUUUUGGGACUUUUACAAAUUGCUUCACCUUUCUUGGUAAGAAUUCUUGGAGCAAAACGGAUAAGAUUACCACGCGUUUGCUCAUUGGUUGGUAUUGGAUCUUUACAAUUAUUAUAACAAGUUGUUACACUGGUUCUAUCAUAGCGUUUGUGACAUUACCAGUGUUCCCAGAAACAGUUGAUACAAUUAAACAAUUGCUGGCGGGAUUCUACAGAGUGGGCACUUUAGAUCGAGGUGGUUGGGAAAAGUGGUUCUUAAAUUCAUCAGAUCCUCAAACCAAGAAAUUGUUGAACAAACUUGAAUUUGUUCCUAACGUAGAAGCUGGUAUUAGGAAUACAACCAAAGCCUUCUUCUGGCCGUAUGCAUUUUUGGGGUCUAAAGCCGAACUUGAGUAUAUUGUCCAAGCUAAUUUCACUGCCACUAAAUCAAAGCGAGCUGCUCUCCACAUUUCAAACGAGUGUUUCGCACCGUUUGGCAUUACGAUAGGGUUUCCAAAUAAUUCAGUGUACUCAGAGAAAAUGAGCCUUGACAUCAGCAGGAUGAUCCAAAGCGGGAUCAUUGAUAAGAUUGCUGAUGAAGUCCGGUUUGAAAUGCAACGAAGUGUUACUGGGAAAUUGUUGGCUGCUGGAAGCGGCACAAUAAAAAUACCAUCAGCAGAAGAGAAAGGUCUAACUCUAGAAGACACACAAGGCAUGUUCCUUCUCCUCGGAGCUGGCUUCAUAAUAGCUGCCACAGCUCUAGUAUCAGAAUGGAUGGGAGGUUUCACCAGGCGCUGUCGCUUCCAAAGAAAAGUUGAUACACCAAUCAGUGUCAAUUCUAGAGAACACUUAAUCCCCACUCCAAAAACCGACAUUGGUAGUGAAAUAAAGAUUAUAGGGGACACUGAAAGCCGACUUCAUUUUGACAGUAGACCAUCUACGGCUGCUUCAAGGGACACCUUAGAAGGACAGAUAAUAAAUGUGACAGAAGAUAAUAUAGAUGUUCAUAAUAGUUUCAAUGUUGAUAGGUUUGAUUCUAGAAGAUCAAGCUCUUUAGAUUUGGAUAGGGAAGUGAGAGAGAUAUUUGAGAAGGAUCAGAAAAGACGUAGGAUUGUAUCUCAGGAUAUGGAGUCUGUAGAUGAGCAUGGGCCAACAGUGUCUCGUGUUGCUUUUGGAGAUCCCAUAAAGCAUGAAAAAUAA